AGCAUUGGGAUCGUGUGAUUGGCGUGAAGUAGAGACAGUAUUACAGCGAAUCAAAGCACAUCAAGAGUAUCAGUCCUUCCUAUUCGCGCGCUUCAUUCAUCUUUCAAAAUCUCACAUCCAUCCAACGGUUCAGAUCUAGUCUUCCACAACUUCCUCCACCUAUAUAACCACCCUACCCUGCAUUCCCUUCUUCCUCGCUCCCAUUCUUCUUCAUCAUCUUCUUCAUCGCAAUCACAUCACACAAAUCAUCACUUUGUUCUUCUCUCUCCCCUUUCUAAUUGCACAACAAUGUCGACGGAGAAGGAGCGAGAGACUCAGGUUUACAUGGCCAAGCUUUCUGAACAGGCAGAGAGAUACGAAGAAAUGGUUGAGUGCAUGAAGACCGUAGCAAAGCUUGAUGUUGAGUUAACUGUGGAAGAGAGGAACCUCCUGUCAGUGGGAUAUAAAAAUGUCAUUGGUGCACGGAGAGCCUCUUGGCGCAUUAUGUCUUCAAUUGAACAAAAAGAGGAGUCUAAGGGAAAUGAGAACAAUGUGAAACUGAUCAAGAGUUAUUGCCAAAAGGUUGAGGAGGAACUAUCCAAAAUUUGCAGUGACAUUCUCACCAUUAUUGACCAGCAUCUGAUUCCUUCUUCAACCACAGGAGAAGCUACUGUGUUCUACUAUAAGAUGAAAGGUGACUAUUAUCGAUAUCUUGCUGAGUUCAAGUCCGAUCAAGAUAGGAAGGAGGCAGCUGAGCAUUCACUGAAGGCCUAUGAGGCUGCUUCAGCCACUGCAAGCACAGAUCUUCCAUCAACACAUCCAAUCCGUCUUGGACUUGCACUCAACUUCUCUGUCUUCUACUAUGAGAUAAUGAACUCUCCUGAAAGGGCCUGUCAUUUGGCUAAACAAGCUUUUGAUGAGGCAAUAGCGGAUUUAGAUACCUUGAGUGAAGAGUCAUACAAGGACAGUACUUUGAUCAUGCAGUUGUUAAGAGACAACCUUACUCUUUGGACCUCCGAUUUACCUGAGGAUGGAGGUGACGAGUUCAAAUCAGAAGACGCCAAACUCAUUGAACCUGAGCACUGAUAUAGCACGUUGAUCCUGGACGCAUAUAAUGGCCAUGCUGCAAAGAGGGCAUUUUUCAGCUUAUCUUGCAGUUCAUCUCGAACGUACUUCAUAGUUACUGCUGUGUUCAUUUUACAUCCAACAAAUACUAUAUAGUUCGAUAUGUGGCUCCCCUUCUUUGUUAUAAUUAUCGAUUUUUUCCUUAUUGUUUUGAUAUGAUUCAAGUAGUCAUUUGAAGUAAUGGAUGAUAAUUUACAAAUACUUAAAUGUAUCUCUCUUUUUUCUUUGUUGAUUAA